AGAUGCUGGGAUCGUCUGAAAUGUUGGACACGUUCGACGUGUCCAGUAACAUCUCCGCCCAGACACCGUCAACUCGACCCGCCUGGGAGCUGCACUUUGAGCAGACGCUGGCUGGUAACGUCUCGUGCUACACAAAAGAACUGCAGCUUCCCGAGGACAUGAGGUUCACACAAGACACCCUGGUCUCGGUGGUGGCCUACUGUUUCAUGUUCGUGGUGGCGCUGGUGGGCAACCUCACGGUCCUCGUGACGGUUUGGGGCAGCAGGAACCGGUCGCGGGUCAACAUGUGUGUUCUCCACCUGACCGUCGCUGACCUUUUUGUGACCUGUGUGUUCAUGCCCAUGGAGACAUCCUGGCAUAUCACCGUGUCGUGGCAGGCAGGGGAUCUGGCAUGCAGGUGGGUUAAAUUUUUAUUAACAAAGAUGUAACCGUUCACGAAACUUCCAUCUCAUAGAAUCAGUUUAAUCCAGUCUAUAAACAUAUUUUUUUAAAAAUUUUCAGAACGAAAGAAAAUCAUUUGUUACAUUAUACAAAAAGGAAUGACUUAACACUCGAUACGUCGUACCAAACGAAAUAAAAUAACCCUAACCCGUGACACAAAAUACAAUUUAAAGAAAAGAUGAGCAUGUUCCAACUGACGAUUUCGUUUGUCCAAUAAAAUAUGGUAUUCUGCUCGAACCACCACCAUCAGUUAUUUGGUUCCGAUGUUUGCGCGCUUAAACUAGGCUUUCGGGUGUAAGUUGUGGUCUACACAGAGGCGUAGCGUGGUGGGGGCAGGGGGGGAUAGAUGUCCCCGGGCGCCAGCUAGUUAGGGGCCAAAAUGUGCUUUGAUAUUAUUUUAUUGAUGAAAAUAAUGGGUUUGAGAGUUUAAAAAUAAGAAAAAGGGGCGCUAAAAUUGGAUCUUGUCCCCGGGCGCGAAUCUUGUCCCCGGGCGCCAAACACCCUCGCUACGACACUGGGUCUACAACCUUUCUAUGGUGAGACAUCCACGGACGCGUUAUUUUAUGACGUGGUGUCGACAUCAGAAAAAAUAAACGGUUACACUUUCGUAAUACUCAUCAAGCAAAUAUUUCUCUAUAAUAGAACCGUAAGACAGUGUUAGUACUGUAAUUAGCUAAAAAAAUCAAGCUGAGUUCGCGAAUAAAAUGUUGUUUUUUUCUUAACGGUAUUAAAAACCUAAAUUUAAAAAAAUAACUUUGAUAUUUUUACAGGGAUUCACGUAAAUAUAGGAAGUGAUUUGAAAAAAAAAGCUUGACUAUAAAUCAUUAUUUCUUAAUCCUAUCGCGAUAAUAUUGGGAACCCUAUUUGGCACACCACAAGGUCGGACUUCCAACUAAGAAAGUCAGUUCUCAUCAAGGUUUUGAGACAAAUUGUAUUUUUUAAUAUAUUUUUUUCAAUGCAAAUUAAAAAUAAACCCUAUUGACAUGCCCAAAUUAACGUUUGAGCGGUGUUAAAAUAAGUUUUGCUCGUUAAAUUAUUUCAGGAUUUGUAUGGUAUUCCGCGCCUUUGGAUUCUACUUGUCCUCCUACAUCAUUGUAGUUAUCUCCCUUGACCGGUACUUUUCCAUUGUCCACCCUUUGACCAUCUGUGACGCAGAGAACCGGUGUAAGAUAAUGCUCUGGGUGGCGUACACUGCAAGUUUCAUCUCCAGUUUUCCACAAGUGAGUAUCAACCAAAAAAUAUGUAUAUAUAAAAAUUAAAAGUUUUUUUUAAAUUUUUGUUGGCCGCCUGUGCUUUCAUUAAAAAAAAAUAAAUUAUCUGAACUAAAUCUGUACAAUGCUAUCAAGACAAAGGACAAGUUGUUUGGAUCACUAAAAACAAUAAUUUCAUUUCUAAAGGAUUCGGUAAUUAUAGAACAUUAUACAAUGUGUAAUCGAAUUGCUCCCAGGUUAUUUUUCAAUCAAUCUUGUUUUUUUUUUUAAAUCUUGGAAAUUAGAAACAAUUUUAAAAAUAUGUUACAGGAUGAUUAGAAAUAGAAGCACAUAAAAAUAUUGUGCAUUAUGUCAAAAAUAUUUUUUUGUUGUUGCUCCAAAUGCUAGCUGUUUGUGUUUCCACAUUUCCAUUAGCUGAUCUGACACAAACAUACCGAAUUAUCGCAGCAGCGUUUAGGCACUGCAGAUGUCCUAUUUUUGUUUAUUUCACGACGUAAAUAAGAUUAUACAGAUGUUAAUAAAUUAAAAAUCAAUAAAAAUGAUAGGACAAGGUGCCGUUUAUAUUUUAAUAGAGCCGUUUAUAUUUGAAUAGAGCCUUUUAUAUUUUAAUAGAGCCGUUUAUAUUUUAAUAGAGCCGUUUAUAUUUUAAUAGAGCCGUUUGGAGAGCAUUUCCAAUUUUGAAAGUAAAUUUAGCGAAGCCGGGUAAAUUGGCUAGUAGGCUAUACAGUCUGUACUGGUAACUCGUUGUAAUCUUUCAAUUCUAAUUUUACUAACCAAGCACAAAGAUAUGCAAAUACUUUAGGAAGCAAAGAAUAUAAACUAUUGACCUCGACCUAAAAUGUGACAUACAUACACAGUUCUUUGAGUAAAAAUGCUUUAUUUUGGCGGAAAAAAUUUACUACGUGGCAAGUUCUCCCCGAGACCGCAACAAAUUGGCCAGCUUUUAGUGACCUUAUUUGAGACAGUUUUAUUGUUUCCUUUCACAGCGGCACUGCCGUCCUGAAUGUAUAAUGGAUGGGGGACAUCUUAAAUGUAUGAGCUCUCUCCUGGCCAUUCAAAUGUUUUUCUCUUUAAAAAAAAAACAAACUAGUCAAUAUACCCGGGUUUUGCCCGGGUUUGUCUAUUCGAAAAAUAACUUCUAAAGUUUAAUCAACGUUCACGUAAAUUUAGGGCCAUGUCAAAAACAGUUUAACAAAAAAAGGAAUUCAUAUAUUUUCAAAUCUAUUGUCGUUAAUCAAUGGAACUAAAAGGUGAUCCGUCAUUUCAAAUGGGACUAUUUUAGUUAUUCUAAAAAAAAAAAAAAAUCAUUUCGAUAAAUAUUUAAGUUAAUUUUUCAAAUUAUCCCAUUACAAUCUGAGGGUAUCUGCAAAGAUGUUGCUUUAAAUGUUUUGUUUCUGACGCCCUGGGCGCCCAAGAAGAGUAAUAUUUAAAACUUUAUAGCAAUGAUUACUUCAGGUUGAAUAUAAAUAUUUAUUAAAGAAAAUUGUCCCGUUACAAUUGAUUGAAAACGUCAAAGGUUUAGAUUUUUUUGUCACAAAAGAUAUGGAUAUUAUUUGUUUGGAAUCUAUGGAUAUUUUAAAAAACAUUAUGAAGGUAUGUUUAUCAAGUUUAGCCCACUUGCAACAAUUGACUUCGCAGCUUACCUUUUAAAGUAAGCGUUCCAUAUAGCUUUGGCUUUUAUAGGUAAAAUAUGUUGUAGAAUCUUCUACAUACUUUGGGAACGUUCUAUCAACCAUAACAAUGUUCUUAAAUCUAAUUUAAUUACAUUUGAGGAAAAUCCCAGAGACUUACAGAAACAUAAAAAAACACAUAAAAUGACAUGUAUACAAUGUUAAAACCCAUAUUAAAAUAAAUAGAACGCUUUAGAACAAGGUAGAAGGGUCAAGAACCAUAAAAAAAGAUACAUUAAAAAUAACAUGUAUAACAAAAAGAAAAACAACAAGAAGCAACUCCUUAUGUAAUCAUUAUUUCAAUACUAAAACAUCUCAAAAUAAAUGACGUCAUUCAAGACUCUUUCAUUUCUAGUUAAAUAAGGGCCCCAGUGGGGUGGGGGACCCUCAUGGGUUUGGGGGACUCCCAUGUGGUCGGGGAUCACGGUGGACCCGUUCUGAAAGGUGGCGUGAAGAUUACCACUAAGAUACGGAUCUUAAACAACUGGUGACGUAAUGAGUCAAGUAAAAAUAAAAUAAAUAAAUAAAAGUUUUCCCCAUUUAAAAUCGGUUUUAAAAAUGUUAGAGAUGUGGCGUGCACCAGGACAAUGAAAGGAAUGUCUUUGAUCCCAACAGUGGUGAACCUCACGAGUUCCUGACACUCCAGUUUUUAAAUAUAUAUAUAUAUAUAUAUAUAUAUAUAUAUAUAUAUAUAUAUAUAUAUAUAUAUUAACUGCUUUUUUAAAAUAGUUUUUUGUGUGUGUUCCAAGCUUGGUUUAGAUCUAAUCAUUAAUUCCAAUGCAGUUAUAUAUAGAUCAUAUUAAAGGAAAAAAAAAAUUGGGGUCCCUUUAACUGCUUUUUUAAAAUAGUUUUUUGUGUGUGUUCCAAGCUUGGUUUAGAUCUAAUCAUUAAUUCCAAUGCAGUUAUAUAUAGAUCAUAUUAAAGGAAAAAAAAAAUUGGGGUCCCUAGAAACUUCUCCGAGCAAAUCUAUAGGCUAGAGGUCAAAGGUGGUGUUUGUGCCAUGCACGUGCGUGGUCUGAGUCUGUGUUGGGGGGGGGGCACACAAGUUCUGUUAGGUCUCUUCUGUGGAAAUGAAUCUUCGUCUAGACGUUCGGGUGCGUGUGUGUGUGCGUGCGUAACUGUCUAUGCAGGUGUGUGUGUGUGUGAAGACACAAUUACUGGGAGGUCUGUUCUAUCGAAACGCAUCUACAUUUUUAUUUAGACGGUCGCAAAAAACAACAACAAAAAAACCUUUCUUAUCACAAAGGAGAUUAAGGUGUCGCCAUGAAUACAACCAUGUUCCACUGAGUCAGCGACACAACUGUUUGAGAAAAGAGGUCACAGCACUAACACACACACAACACAAUAUAGCCACACAUCGCGAUUAGCUCCAUUUUUCUCUUCUUCUGCGUGCAUGAUGCUACGCCCAAUCCAUUCACCGGGACAGAAUUUUAUUUCGCAUCCCUCGUGGUCCUCGUUCAAAAGUUAAUUAAGUGUUUAUUCAGCUUGCUUACAGUACUCUCGUUCCAAAGUUGAUGAUGUGCUUUGACAGCUUGCUAACAUUACUCUCGUUCCAAAGGUAAUGAACUGUUUUGACAGACUGCUAACAGUACUUUUUUGAAGUUCAACGGUGCAUGUUUGAUCAUCAAUUCCGCCCAUAGAAGUCACUUAAUUUCAUCGCCUUUUCGUCUCCACUGAUGAUUUGCAUUGCUGAAACCGACAGCCACUUGUCUUUGUUUUCAAUUACGCUGAAAGUACGUAAUCCCCAGUGUAAUGCUGGGUAAAUACAGGACUUCGUUACUGAGCGAUUACCUAAACGAAAAAAAAGUUAAAAACAAUGAAUAUGGAGAUUAUCGACAUUGUUUCAGGAUUGAUUGUUUCGUCUAGUCCCCCACCCACAACCCCACUCGUGUGACAAAUAAUUAAUUUCGUCUUUGACUGCGUACAUGUCGGGCAAGCGGCUAGACAAAAACUCUUGCAGCUGUAGGUUUCGCAUACGGUUUAGUUUCCUUCUUUUUGGGGAUCGGUACAAUGAUUUAUUUCCACAAAGGAACGUCUCAUAAAACUGAGAUCUUAGUACGCGCGAGGAAGAGAUGUGUGCAAUCAAAGAUUUAUGGUCCUGAAACGAACAGGCUUUUGAAGUUUUGAAUUCCGUUCCGUCUUCCCAAUGUUAAUUUCCUGUUUUUGUUCGGGUAAAUUAGACGUAAAACAACGAGGGUGCAUAAUGGUGUCAUGGGUUGGAUGUAGAUUAGUCACUGCAGCGUGAGUCAGCUUGCAAUGCCGUCAGUCAGCUUGCAAUGCCGUCAGUCAGCUUGCAAUGCCGUCAGUCAGCUUGCAAUGCCAUCAGUCAGCUUGCAAUGCCGUCAGUCAGCUUGCAAUGCCGUCAGUCAGCUUGCGAUGCCAUCAGUCAGCUUGCAAUGCCACCAGUCAGCUUGCAGUGCCGUCAGUCAGCUUGCGAUGCCGUCAGUCAGCUUGCAAUGUCGUCAGUCAGCUUGCGAGGACGAUAAAGGUGCUCCAAAUAAGGGGGAGCAGGAUGCAGACCCGGAAACCCGGAUUAGUUGAGGAUUGCACACAAGAAAAAUACCCGGACCAGGCGAAUGAAAUGGAACGGCGCCCUGGUGCUGGAAAAAACAACAACAUAAUUUUUGUAAAAUUGUAUAAAGAAUAUAAAACCACUACCAUCCAGAGACAAGCAGCACGCACGCAUAUAGCGCAGCUCCGCUCCAUGUUUGAUUUGUGUUAGGUAUAUAAUAAGUGUUAUAUGCUAUUGGUGUUAUGAAGCCUUCAAAGUUUAUGGCUCGUUAGACACAGUUUUCACUUGUUCUCAAUGCGUGGAAUACAUUUCUUGUUUUCUAUAAAUCAUUUCUGCUUUUUGACACCCGCAGGGUAUUGUCUCGAAAUAACCGGACCCGUUACCUGGAGAAAGAACUGAGAUCUGUUCAGUCCUAUCUUUAAUUAACGUUUGGUCUUAUCCGUGCUCAUACACUGGCAGCUAUAGUUUCAACACUAACUACUCGCUAUUCCAUAACCCCUAAACAAACAUCCACUAAACAUACAUUAAAUAAACAUAUUUUAAAUAAAUAUAAUUUAACUAAACAUAUAGGAACUAAAUGUGCAUUAAGUAAAUAUAUACACAAAUGAUGUGGCUGGUCGGUCAAAAUGAGUCGAUUCCAAAAUGAAGGAUUUUAGUUCAACCCUCAGCAAAACCCAGACAAGCAAAAACAUCAUCAGCCCACCGGUCCACCUUGGUUUGCAACCCUUCUGAGGGAUGGCAAACUCUGCAUUCAAACCCGAAGGAGUCCCGUAGGCGGGCUGACAUUGACACAAUGAAAAUUCCGGCAACUCCUUUCGACGUGGAGCACAUAAAGAUCAGAGUGAGACACCAGGUACAAUACUGGUUAUCAACCGCAUUUUGGCCCACCUCCCAAGUCGUAUAAUUCAUACGAGGUACUGGGUUCAAAACGUGUGAAGUAAAUAAAUAGUGGAGCAAGAUACGUUUAGGCUUGAAACAAUCCACUAUGCAAGGACGAGAGAGUGAGGCUGACGCAAUGGGCAACUCUCCUUAAUUUUAAACAAAAUAGAGCCCAAACCGAACCAAGCCUACUGCUCGCAGUUCGCCGCGGUCAUCUUGGCAUGUAAAGGAUAAUAUUUAUCGUAAAAUAAACAAUUUCAAUGAAUAAUGCAUAGGCCGUGUCCAUUUCUAGCAAUAAACAAAGCUCAUGACAUUUAGCCGGAAUAUAUAACAUAUACACACAGAACACUUGGCCAACAAUACUUCAUAACCUUAGAAAGGUUAGUUCGAAACGCAGUAGAAAUGAAGCAAUGCAAGACUCACUCGCAGUCGAAAAAAAACCCCACCAUAUUUUUUGAAUCCAAGGCUCUAAGUAAAUUCCUACCAAUGUUAAAAUAGCAGUGAUGUUAAUCCCCCUAUCCCAACCCCCAUCAACCCCCCUCCCCCACACCAUUUUUGAGUCGUACACUAUUUGAGUCCUUCUGUUACAUUUUUUUUUUGAAAUAUCAAACGUCUAUAUAAAAAUGAUGUGAUUCUGAUUAAUGUCAGAUCCCCUCCGCGGAAACCUGUGUUUUCACGGUAUAACUGGUGUUGCCUCUAUGUAUAACUGGUGUUUUCUCUGUAUAAUUGGUGUUGUCUGUAUAAGUGGUGUUUUGCCUCUGUAUAACUGGUGUUGUCGCUGUAUAACUGGUGUUGCCUCUGUAAAAUUUGUGUUGUCUGUAUAUGUGGUGUUGCCUCUGUAUAACUGGUGUUUUCUCUGUAUAAUUAGUGUUGUCUGUAAACUGGUGUUGCCUCUGUAUAACUGGUGUUGUCGCUGUAUAACUGGUGUUUCCUCUGUAUAAUUUGUGUUGUCUGUAUAACUGGUCUUGUCUCUGUGUUUUCUCUAUGUAACCUUUUCAUUUCUCUGUAUAAGCUCUGAUUUCUGUGCCUCUAUAACCCUAGUGCUGUAUCUUUACUUUAUUUAUUGAUGUUUACUCUGGUAAAGCGUGACGUCAGCCCUGACAGGAAUCAUUUUUCCAGUCCCGUCUCUUGUCUGUUGCACCUGUAAAAAUUCUCAACACCUUGAUAUUUCAGAGCAUCAUAUUCCACGUGGAGACCCACCCCACCUUUAAAUGGUUCUCCCAGUGCGUGACCUUCAACUUCUUCCCGACCCCGACGCACGAGCUCGCCUACCUGAUAUUCAACUGCGUGGCCGUCUACCUCCUCCCCCUGGUCGUCAUCCUCACGUGCUACCUGCUCAUCUUCCUCAAGGUGAGUGACUCUUGGGGAAAUACAUGGCAUGUACAUGGGCGUAGCGUUAUGACUGGUUGUCGCUAGGGGAUAAGGAGAUUUUAUUCUUAAAACCAGUGCUAAAAUACAAUGCUUUAAAACGGACAAUGUGAUAUUCGAAGUGUUAAUAGUCUACAAAAUAAACUGAUGGCUUAAGCUUGGCUCUUCGUAACAUAAUUAUGGACAAGCUGAACAGAGUGAGCCUGCACGUUUCUUGCUCCCAUGCUCGUGCACGGUCUCAACGCGUUUUGACCUCCUUGAACUAACACAAUUCCAUUAAGCGAGAUGAAAGGACUACGUCUGCCAAGGGAGGCCGUUCAUAGACUCCACCCUAUGUGGUAACCCAAAAUGAAGUCGAAUUCGCUGUUAAUUUUCUAAUGGUCGGACACGAGAGCCCAAGAGUACAUUAGGCUUUAAAAAAAAAGGGGGGGGGGGCAGCAAGUCUUGGACCGCCCUGGUCGGUACUAACCCUAGCUACCCAACUGUCUUGAAAAAAGGAACAGCAGAGGAUGAAAUGCGACUGCCACUGCCUCACAUGACGUCACAGUGCAGGCGUUUCUUUUGAGAAUAAGCUAGAUAUGUGUAUGGAGUCACCAGUUAUAAUGAAUGUGCAUUUUUACAUUGAUUUACCCAAAGAUUUGAGCCCGUCUACAAAAAUUUCUUUUUUUUUUCCCUACAAAAAAAAAAAUCUGGCCUACAAUAUGGCACAGUUCAGUGCUGACCUCUGACGCACAAAAGGCUUUUUAGGUUUCAUCAGGAAAUAAUUAAGUUUGGCUUUACUUUAUUUUAACAACGUUUUUCAGAGUUCACUGAUUAAUAACCUCUCUUCUUUAUCCCUAAUUCACCCCCCACCCCUUUCAUCCACACACCUCUCUGUCGCUCACCCACUCACUACACAAAUACCACAACGUUCCCCCAAGCACAGAUAUCCCAGCAGCAUGCCAAGCAUAAGAAACACAGAGCUCAGCGUUACGGCUUCUUGUCCAGAUACUUCAAACGGAUCGGAGCUGGUUAGUUAUGGCAUUAAGUUUUUAACGGAUCGGAGCUAGUUGGUAAUGGCAUUAAGUUUUCAUGGGAUUUGCUAUAAAUACAGUAUUUUUUUUAGAGUUCUGUCAUGUUUUGAUACCAUACACUUGAAAGAGUUCUUUUUUGUGGUUCAAUAACUGUGUAUUAGAAACCUUCAAAAACAUUCUAAGGCCUCAGAUUUUUUUUUCUAACCACAUUCCCACUCCUAACAGAAAUUAAGUCUGGUACGAGCUAGAUAAGUUUAAAAAUUGAAUUUAAAUGAAAGAAAACAGACCAAUCAUCGUUAUUUUAGUUUGUGUCGAAAUGAAAUAGUUGAAAAUCCAUUUACUUAUAUUUAGAGCAAUAUGUAAAAAAAAAUUAAUGGUGCGUCUUUAUUACAGCAGUGAACUUUUUAUUAUCCUUAUCUUUUGUUGUGUUAUUAAAAUUAUUGUUUUGUGCGUAUGUAAAAAAAAAAAUAAUGAUUGUCCAACUGUGUUUCCAGCCCACACACAGCUUCUCCCCAUCACGACUGACGGUGCCAGGAAUUUGGAGAUGAGAUGUUCAACAACCAAAAACUUGUCCAAGGCUAAAAUGAAGACUUUAAAGAUGACGCUUUUGCUAGGUAUUAAAUAAGGUCCUAACCUGUAGUCAUUCGAUUCUUUCGGUACCCACGGUUGGGCCGUGUCCUUUUUAUUGUAUAGGUCAUAUAGUUUGGUGAACCUUUGCAAACGUUCCCUUUCUUAGAUAGUAAACAUUAAAAAACAUAGACACUCUUGAAAGAAUUAUAUAAUAGGUCAAGGCGAUCAAUGCAGUUUGGCUCCAAAUCUGUCUCACUGUAUCUACGUCAUCGUUUUUCAACUCUGCAUUUCAUAAACGAACACAUUACAGAAAUACACAUAACUUUACAAAAAUACACAUACGAUUACACAAAUACACUUAACAUUCAACAAUUACACUUAAAAUUACAUAAAACAUAUAACAUUAAAUAAAUACACACCAAAAUAGAAUAAAUAAAUGUUUCCCAUUCUCUUGGUCAUUAUUGUCCACAGUAGUACACCAGGCGGUUACUUGAGUGUACCCCAUUCUCUUGGUCAUUAUUUUCCACAGUAGUACACCAGGCGGUUACUUGAGUGUACCCCAUUCUCUUGGUCAUUAUUUUCCACAGUAGUACACCAGGCGGUUACUUGAGUGUUCCCCAUUCUCUUGGUCAUUACUGUCCACAGCAGUACACCAGGCGGUUACUUGAGUGUUCCCCAUUCUCUUGGUCAUUAUUUUCCACAGUAGUACACCAGGCGGUUACUUGAGUGUUCCCCAUUCUCUUGGUCAUUACUGUCCACAGUAGUACACCAGACGGUUACUUGAGUGUUCCCCAUUCUCUUGGUCAUUACUGUCCACAGUAGUACACCAGUCGGUUACUUGAGUGUUCCCCAUUCUCUUGGUGAUUACUGUCCACAGCAGUACACCAGACGGUUGCUAAGACAUAUCAUAAUAAGCACGCCCCCACCCCACCUUCCCUGUAACUAGGAGCUGAUGACACAAAGUAGGAACCUAAGACUAACCACAGUCGAAUUCAGAGUCGUGAUCCGUUGUCGGACCUACCACGGGCUACUGUCACGUCAUAAGGACAAAAAAAUCAAUGUGUGAUAUCUUAUCUACUUUAGGAAAACAGCUGAAAAUAUAGACUUUGCUGAUUAUGCAACGUCCUAGCGUACCUCGUUCCAUCCCAUUGUCCCCAACAGAAGGGCCGCCUCUUUCCAUUUCAUUGUCCUUACAGAAGGGGUUGCUUUAUACCUCCUUCCACCCCUUGUCAUUACCAGAAAGGGCGCCCCAUACGUUCGUCCACCCCAUCGUCCUUACGAGAAAGGGCGCCAUAUACCUCCUUUCAUCACAUUGUUCCUACCUCAUAUCCAUCUACGGCAGCGGUUCUCAACCUUCCUAAUGCUGCGACCCUUCAAUACAGUUCCUCAUGUUGCGGCGACCCCCAACUAUAAACUUAUUUUCGUUGCAACGUCGUAAGUUUAGAGUAUAUGUGUUUUCCGAUGGUCUUAGGCGACCCCGGCGAAAGGGUCAUUCGACCCCCAAAAGGGUCGCGAUCCACAGGUGGAGAAUAGCUGAUCUACGGCAACUAAUAUCGUUUGAACACCUAUAAUACUAUCAGUACAUGUCGUACGAUUCUCGAAUUUGCAUCAACAUAAUGUGUCCCGGUGAGCGCUUGGGGCAUAGCAACGCCCAAUGUCAGAUGUGUCCGGUGAGCGCACGGAGCAUAGCAACGCCCACUGUCUGAUGUGCCCCGGUGAGCGCAUGGGGCAUAGCAACGCCCACUGUCAGAUGGGCCCCAGUGAGCGCAUGGAGAAUAGCAACGCCCACUGUCAGAUGUGCCCCUGUUAGCGCAUGGGGCCUAGCAAGCUCCACUGUCUGAGGUGCCUCGUCGGUGAGCGCACGGAGCAUAGCAACGCCCACUGUCUGAUGUGCCCCGGUGAGCGCAUGGGGCAUAGCAACGCCCACUGUCAGAUGUGCCCCAGUGAGCGCAUGGAGAAUAGCAACGCCAACUGUCAGAUGUGCCCCUGUGAGCGCAUGGGGCAUAGCAACCUCCACUGUCAGAUGUGCCUCGGUGAGCGCAUAAGGCAUAGCAACGCCCACUGUCAGAUGUGCCUCGGUGAGCGCAUGGGGCAUAGCAACGCUCACUGUCAGGUGUGCCACCACAGACAUAGUGUCCUGAGCCCCGAGGGUGGCUGAGGGGUAGGAAUUUGUUAUAACAAAUCAGCUCUACUGCCUCUAAUCAAGAUGAAGAAUUAGCAAUAAAUUGUGCAAUCAUGUUUUUUUUUCUCUUAAGGUUUAAUCGUUUUAUUUUAUUAUUUGUCCACAGUCAGCAUUUUUCUACUGUGCUGGACUCCAUAUUUUGCCAUCCUCGCUUUCCACUGGAUCUCAAAGUGAGUAGUGAAUGCUCCAGAAAAAUAGCUCUUCACUUUUUUUUUUUUUUUAAAUAGAAAAAAGAAAAGAAAAUGAAGCAAUGGGAUUAGAUAAAUACCGCUACCAUCUGAACCGUAGAAGUCCCCCCCCCCCCUUUUUGCCCCCCGGGCCCGUGCCCUAGUUUUCUCAACGUCCAACACUUUUCAUUCUCUGGUCUCAUGUUAAAAUAAAUCUCCUCUUAACAAAAUCUCAGCUUCUCGCCAGAGUGUAACACGAUCGCCCAUGGUGACACGGAUUAUAACUGUUUUGGCAGCUCAUGUCAGCUACGUAUCAAAACGAUGGUCACAAUUCAUCUUUAACGUAGCUAGCAUGCUUUGGGGGGGGGGGGGGGGUUGUGGGGAUACAAAAAUUAAGGGAGUUUUUAAAAGAAAUUUUUUUUUUUCACCCUGAUUUUAAAAUGAUCUUUUUAAUCACUCAUGAGGAAAACAAUGUUAUGACGAAACGUAACAUUGGAAAAUAUAAUUUUUAUAAUACUCACAUGUAAAAAAAUACAUUUUGUCGAUCAUAUUUCGGCUGCCAUUGGCUUAGGAAGACAUAUAAACAGACUUAUGAUUGAAAGGAUUCAAAUGUCCUAACAUUUCAACGGAGUGGGGAAACUGAUAUUUCAGAUUACCCUUUGUGUGUGUGUUUUAUUUAUUUAUUUUUUUUUUUUUUUAAAGAUUACUCGAUGUGAUGCCUCAGAUUUUAUUCAUGUAUAGUUUAAAGCAUAAAAAGGGGGUGGGGGUUGGUGUCGCAUGUCAGCGUUAGAGUUAAUGCCCAUCAACUAUUGAUUCAUACAUCACCAGGGAACAAGCCAUGCAGCUUGACCCCAAAGUUCAACGGUUUCUCUUUGUCCUCGCUGUGUCCAACGCCUGUUUUGACCCACUUGUUUACGGUGAGAUUUACUUCCCUUGUCGCACACUUAGGUUUUGUUCAAAAUUGGUUUCCUACUAAUUUCCGGAUACGUUAGCCUGGAGCGUAACAAGUCUUGGAAAAGGGGGGGGGGGGUCUAGCGGCCGCGGCCCCCCCCCGGAAAAAGUGGGGGGGGGGGGGGGGGGAGAUCUAGCGGCAGCUCGCCCUGACGGGGGGGGGAGGGUGGGAGGGGCUUUUUAGGGAUAUAAAAAAACCCACAUUUUUUAAAUAAUAAAAGAAUUUUUUUUUUCAUUAACGUUAGUUCUGAAGAUAAAAAAAGGUGGGGAUCACUACUUAAGAUGCCUUAUAUCAAUAUCAAAGAAACCCAAUAAUGUGAGUCUUCCGCCCUUCUUGUCCAUUCCUUAAAGUGUAGCUCAGAUCAAAAUGAAAUGCUGUCGAAAGAAUGGAGAGGUCUGAGAAGGUGUCUGUUGCAUGAUGAUAAGCCGAGGCCAAAAUGCAGUGCAUACGCGCGUCUUGUACCCGAGCUCGCCGGGGAAAAAAAUGCUGUGGUCCGGGGGAGAUACGAUGGCUAUCUUAUUUGCUUAUCGGACUGAUGUUAAAAAAAAUAAAUAAAUUAUGAAGUCCUUUAGACAACAGAAUAGUUUACAGUAAAUAAAAAUUACAAAAAAAUAUCAUUACGAUUUAUUUUUAACCACUAACAAAGAAUGUGUACAUUUACAUCCGGGUCAGAGGAAGCUAACUUUGCACUGGUAACUCUGAAAUCUUUUAUAUUAACUUUGCUUUUUUUUGUGGCUGGGUGAAGAAAUCUUCGGACGGCUUACUGACCGACUUCACGUCAUGCUUUGGAGCUGACUCUUAGCACAUAGACUCGUUUCCAAUGACGACACAUUCUAUCAUAUGUUCUCCCACCACCACCCCCCCCCCACUCCAACUCCAAAAAAAUAUAAGUUUUUCCUGUUUUUCAAUGAGAUCACGAAGGGAGAUUCCCGAUAACUGCGCUAAAUGAGAUCCUUUGGGGAACAAAAAAUCGUUAGUGCGAUUUCUUUUGCUUUUCUGAAACCGUUGGCGAGACAAAAAUGGCGGUGUAGAAACUGGAUGGGUCAUUAUAAUAUAUAAUAUUAAUAUAGUUCUUGGGCGUGUAGAAAAUGUUCAGUUGUGAGCCUUAGGGGGUAAUGGGGAGCCCUAAUUGGUAUUCUUCUAAAGUGCGUUGCUUGUAUGCUUGUUUCGUCAAAUUUUUAGCGCCCCCCCCCCCAACCAUUAUUCGAUAUUACAUUUUAUAGAGGAUUUAUAUGAAGAACUUUGUAUUUAGGGUUUGUUUAAGUUUAACUCAUCGACGCUAUCUAGUACGUCUUAUUAUUAUGCAGCUCUAACAUAGAUAGGAAGCGUAUGCAUGCAUGCAUAUCGCUUAAUGCAUACGAAAUAGUAAAACUGCCCAUUGAUUUCUUUGUCCCAGGUAUGUUCACAUCUACAUUCAUUACAAGGGCCAGGCGGUGGCGGGCCUACAUCCACCAAAGGUUUACAAGACAGUCCACCGUUACAACAACAUGAAUCAACUGUAUACAACGUCGUCAAAUGGAUUUCGUAAUUAUUUCUUACUUUGCUGUAAAAGGAU